UGCUGUUAGCAGUUGUACGGUGUGCUUCAUCAUGUGUACGUUGACAGUUAGCUGAACGACGGUUAGUUGGGCACACUAUCUAACCAACUACUCGUCUCUUCUCCCCUUCAAUUCCACACCCAAACGAAACCCAUCUUCUCUAACAACUUCCAAACCCUAACACCUGCAAAAUUUACUCCAAACCCACUGAUUUUGACUUCAAAAAAAAGUCAACUUAGAGUUUGGUGAUUUCAGAAUUUGUGAGACUUUGAUUAAAUUCAAUAAAAAAAGAUGAAUACUGAAGAAGGUGAAAGGAUACUUGUAGCAAAACCAGUAGCUUCAAGGCCUACAAUUUCUGAUUUUAGAUCAUUUUAUGAGGUCAUUGGUGGUGGCACCAAUGGCUCACCUUCAUCAGAACCUACAAUCACUGCAAUCAGACCGAAAACGGUUAGGUUUAAACCUGUCAUGACCUCUCCACCAGCUCAGGCAGAGUUAACUGGAACUCAAGCUUGCAAUUUAUCUGAUAAAAUCUCGAAAUCAAACCACACGUCUCCUUUGCUUUAUAAACCGUUAGCAAAGACGGUAUCAAGAACCGCCAUCAGUUUAUUGGCAAACAUGGAAACAUUUAAUGCAAGUCAUGAACAAGCAUCAACUAAGAAUCUCGCAUCACAAUCAGAGACGGUGACAGGCACAAAUCUCCCAAAACCGACGCCAACGAAGUCUGGAAACGAUAAGCGCCCACAGGUAUACGCAAACGAUCGUGACGGGUCUUCGUAUGAUGGUUAUAACUGGAGGAAAUAUGGACAAAAACAAGUAAAAGGAAGUGAACACCCAAGAAGUUACUACAAGUGUUCUAAUCCAAAUUGUAUGGUAAAAAAGAAGGUUGAAAGAUCAAUAGAUGGAAAAAUAGCCGAAAUUGUGUAUGAGGGUGAGCAUAAUCAUUCGAAGCCGCGGGUUCCUCGACGUCAUGCUUUUGAUGGGACUAGCGAAGAUUUAAACCGACAGAUUCCAAAUAACGAGCUUAAUCAUGAUGAAGAAGUUCUUGGGUCGUCUUCACGUUUGACCAAUUCGGUCAAAGUCCAAGAAACUUGUAAUCAUGUUUCAAGUGAAGCGUUUGAUGUUCCUCGGGUUCAUGAUGGUCUCACAAGUAAAAGAAGGAAAAGUUUGAGUCGAAUAAAUGAAACACGGGGUGAAGGCUUACAAGAGCCUCGAGUUGUAGUUCAUGAUGGCACUGAUUCAGAAGCAAUCUCAGACGGUUUUCGUUGGAGAAAAUACGGGCAGAAAAUUGUCAAGGGAAAUCCUUAUCCCAGAAGCUACUACAAAUGCACUGGUGUUAAGUGUGAUGUGAGGAAACAUGUGGAAAGAGCAUCAGAUGAUCCAAGUGUUUUCAUCACAACAUAUGAAGGCAAACAUAAUCAUGAAAUGCCAAUCAAGAAACCAUACUAAUUCAGGUUUAUAUAUAAUAAUAAUAAUAAUAAUAUAAGUUAGUGUCGAGCAGCCAACAGAACCAAAUCGUCCGAAAAUGGUUCAGGUUUUCAGCUCUUUAUUUAUUUUCAAGAUAUCUAAUGUAGAGAAGAUGUAAUUUCGGGUAUGCAAUAACGCUUAACGUUUUAAUUUUGUGACGAUGAAUCAGUUGGUGAGAUCAUGUAUUUGACAUUUCAGAUCUUUGAAGUCAGUUGAGUUUAGGCUCGGAUUUCCAGUAA